AUGCAGAUCUUCAACAUUGUUCAGGUCCUCGGCCUCCUUGCCGUCGGCGCCUCUGCCCUUCCCACCUCCGGCGCUUGCCCCCCGCAGUGUCUCAACGCUGCGGGCGCCAAGCCAGGCAACAUCCAAGCACGCUCAGCACCGACAACGCAAUAUCCGCGUGCCAACCAGGGUUAUCCCACGUACGGACACGCGAAAGCUUGGAGGUGUGACAAGUGUAAUUUCACCAGGCAGUCAAAGGACAGCGUCAACGCCCAUCUCGAGCAUUAUCACGGCAUUCCUGAAGAAAACGUCGGCGCAUAUGUGUCUGAGACCACAGUUCGUGAUAACCGAGGAUAUUGA